AUGAAGCAAGCACAAAGAAGCCUAAAAAGAAAAAAAGAGGAGGAAGAAAAAAUAGAAAAGCAAAGGAAUGCAGAAAUUGGGGGAAAUGAUAACGAAAAUAAAAUUUUGGACCCUAAUUUAAUUGAAAAAGAAAAUAAUACAAUAUUAAUUAGUGAAUUAGCUCCAAAAAUAAAUUCUUCAAUUAUUGACAAUGAAGAAGAAAGUUUAAAAAAUGAUGGAAGAACUACUGCUGGGGUUGAAAAGGAGGAGGAAGUAAUUAACUCAAAAACGACAGGCUCACCUAAAGGAAAUAAAUAUUGGGGUACUAAAUUUUGGAAGAAUAAGUAAAAUAAAGUUAGACUCGAAAAAAAUUUAGGAAAAACGGGGAAGAAUGAGGAAGAUAAGAGUGA